UUCCGGCUUCUGCUCCCGGGCUGCUGAAGCUGUUGGGGCGGGCGGAGCGGGCUGGUGCUUAGAGACGGCGCGAGACUGAAGCAGGAGGAGCAGCAGCAGCAGCAUGGCAACCGCCGCGGCUACCAAGGUCCCUGAAGUUCGGGAUGUCACCCGGAUUGAACGGAUUGGUGCCCACUCCCACAUUAGAGGACUUGGCUUAGAUGAUACGUUGGAACCCAGACAGGUGUCCCAGGGCAUGGUAGGCCAACUAGCUGCCCGUCGAGCUGCUGGUGUGAUCUUGGAGAUGAUCAAGGAGGGGAAGAUUGCUGGUCGGGCCGUCCUGAUCGCUGGCCAACCAGGCACAGGGAAGACCGCCAUUGCUAUGGGAAUGGCGCAGGCCCUGGGCCUUGACACCCCUUUCACAGCCAUUGCUGGCAGCGAGAUCUUCUCCUUGGAGAUGAGCAAGACCGAGGCGCUGACUCAAGCCUUCCGGCGCUCCAUUGGCGUCCGUAUCAAGGAGGAAACAGAAAUCAUUGAAGGUGAAGUGGUUGAGAUCCAAAUAGAUCGUCCGGCGACUGGCACUGGUGCUAAGGUGGGGAAGCUGACACUGAAGACAACCGAGAUGGAGACCAUCUAUGACUUGGGCACCAAGAUGAUUGAGUCCCUGACCAAGGAGAAAGUGCAGGCUGGGGAUGUCAUUACCAUUGACAAAGCCACGGGGAAGAUCACCAAACUAGGACGCUCCUUUACCCGGGCAAGGGACUACGAUGCUAUGGGUUCGCAGACCAAGUUUGUCCAGUGCCCUGACGGGGAGCUGCAGAAGCGCAAGGAAGUGGUGCACACAGUCUCGCUGCAUGAAAUUGAUGUCAUCAACAGCCGCACACAGGGCUUCCUCGCACUCUUCUCUGGUGACACAGGGGAGAUAAAAUCCGAGGUGCGAGAGCAGAUCAACGCUAAGGUUGCCGAGUGGCGAGAGGAGGGCAAGGCCGAGGUGAUCCCAGGGGUAUUGUUCAUUGACGAGGUCCACAUGCUGGACAUUGAGUGCUUCUCCUUCCUGAACCGGGCCCUGGAGAGUGACAUGGCACCUGUCCUCAUCAUGGCUACCAAUCGAGGCAUCACCAGGAUUCGUGGCACCAACUACCAGAGCCCCCACGGCAUCCCCAUUGACCUCCUGGACCGCAUGCUCAUCAUCUCAACCUCCCCUUACAGCGACAAGGAGACCAAGCAGAUCCUUAAAAUCCGGUGUGAGGAGGAGGAUGUCGAGAUGAACGAAGACGCCUACACGGUGCUGACGCGGAUCGGCUUGGAGACCUCCCUGCGCUAUGCCAUCCAGCUCAUCACAGCCGCCAGCUUGGUGUGUCGCAAGCGGAAGGGCACAGAGGUUCAGGUGGACGACAUCAAGCGCGUGUACUCGCUGUUCCUGGACGAGUCACGCUCCACUCAGUACAUGAAAGAGUACCAGGAUGCCUUCAUGUUCAAUGAACUCAUACCUGCAAGAGACGCAUGCAAGUAGGAAAAUAAUGAAAGUAGGGAGAGACCAUGGACACGUCUUGAAGGGCGUCCUCGUAGUACCUGCCUCAGGUUGUGUGUGUGAAUGGAUGUUCUUGUAUUAUUAUUUUGUAAAAUAAACCUUUUGGAGAAUU